AGGGUUUGGAAACCACCGGGGAAAAAGGCUCAUAUGAGUGCGCCUCCGCUGAUCCGUGCGCCCAGCCCGCUCCCGUUCUCAGGGGGGACAAACAACACCAACACCGGCACCGGGGGAGGAGGAGGAGGAGGAGGAGGUGGCGGCGGUGUGAUCUCCUUCCACAUCCAGAUUGGUCUGAGCCGGGAGCCGGUGCUGCUGGACGCCGCAGAGCUCAGCCUCAGUCAGGUCCGGGAGGUGGCGUGCUCCAUCGUGGACCAGAAGUUACCGGAGUGUGGUUUCUAUGGGAUGUACGAGAAGAUCCUUCUGUUUCGUCAUGACCAGACGUCGGAGAAUGUGCUGCAGCUGCUGCGCUCCGCCUCUCAGAUCCAGGAGGGAGACCUGGUGGAGGCCGUGCUGUCAGCGUCAGCCACGGUGGAGGACUUCCAGAUCCGUCCACACUGUCUGUUUGUCCACUCGUACCGAGCGCCGGCCUUCUGCGACCACUGUGGAGAGAUGCUGUGGGGACUCGUACGACAGGGACUCAAAUGUGAAGGUUGUGGUCUGAACUAUCACAAGCGUUGUGCCUUUAAGAUCCCAAAUAACUGCAGUGGGGUGAGGAGGCGUCGCCCUUCCAACGUCUCCCUGACGGGGGGGCUGGUCAACAUUGGACGCCCCCUUUCUGCUGAACCCUCACCCCCUCACUACACUGACGAUGCUUUACUGUCUCCAGUCAGUCCUAGCAUGGAGCAGAAGAACCAGUUGGAUUACUUUCCCGGCAGAGAGCGUCGUUCCAGCUCCCAGUCGUACGUUGGCCGUCCCAUUGAACUGGACAAGAUCUUGUUGUCGAAGGUCAAAGUUCCCCACACCUUCCUCAUCCACUCGUACACCCGACCCACCGUCUGUCAGCACUGCAAGAAGCUGCUGAAAGGCCUCUUCAGACAGGGACUCCAGUGUAAAGAUUGUAAAUUUAACUGCCACAAGCGAUGUGCUCCCAAAGUGCCGAACAACUGUCUGGGAGAAGUCUCUAAAAAUGGAGAGCUCCUGAGCCCAGGGGCGGAGUCAGAUGUCGUCAUGGUGGAGGGCUGCCUAGACGACCACGACGUCGACCGAGGUGGCGGCCUGUUGGACGACAUGGACGAAGCGCUGACGUCAGAGGGGGGUCUGUUGCUGGAGGCGGGGCCCAGCGACCUCUGCGACCUGCACGACCCCGACCUGGACGAAUCGCCCCGAGCCAUCAGCCCCUCCACCAGUAACAACAUCCCUCUGAUGCGAGUUGUUCAGUCCGUCAAACACACAAAGAGGAAGAACAGCAACGUGAUGAAGGAGGGCUGGAUGGUCCACUACACCAGCAAAGACACUCUGAGGAAAAGACAUUACUGGCGGUUGGACAGUAAAUGCAUCACAUUGUUUCAGAACGACACCGGAGGUAAAUAUUACAAGGAGAUCCCUCUGUCAGAGAUCUUAUCUCUGGAACCGGCCCAGACCUUCUCUCUGCUUCCUGAUGGAGCUAACCCUCACUGCUUCGAGAUCGCCACAGCGUCACUGGUUUACUACGUCGGAGAGAACCUGCAGAGAGCUGAAUCGUCUGUGACGGGCAGCAGCAUUCUGGUCAGUGGCGUGGGGCAGGAUGUGGCUCGGAUGUGGGAGAUGGCCAUCCAGCACGCUCUGAUGCCAGCUGUUUCUACGGGAGUUUCCCAUAGUUCUCACCGCAGUGGACACAAGGAAGUUUCCAUCAGUAUUUCUGUCUCCAACUGCCAGAUCCAGGAGAACGUGGACAUAAACUCUGUGUAUCAGAUCUUCCCAGACGAGGUUCUUGGCUCGGGACAGUUUGGCAUCGUCUAUGGAGGUAAACACAGGAAGUCCGGCCGAGACGUCGCCAUCAAAAUCAUCGACAAACUCCGUUUCCCCACCAAACAGGAGAGUCAGCUGCGCAACGAGGUGGCCAUCCUGCAGAGUCUGCAUCACCCAGGCGUGGUCAACCUGGACUGCAUGUUUGAGACGCCGGAGCGAGUGUUUGUCGUCAUGGAGAAGCUUCACGGAGACAUGCUGGAGAUGAUCCUGUCCAGCGAGAAGGGACGACUGCCCGAGAGGAUCACCAAGUUCCUUGUCACACAGAUCCUCGUGGCUUUGCGUCACCUCCACUUCAAGAACAUCGUCCACUGUGAUCUGAAACCUGAAAACGUCUUGCUGGCGUCUGCAGACUCGUUUCCACAGGUAAAACUUUGUGACUUUGGUUUUGCUCGGAUCAUCGGCGAGAAGUCGUUCAGGCGUUCGGUGGUUGGCACGCCGGCGUAUCUUGCUCCAGAGGUCCUCAGGAACAAAGGCUACAACCGCUCCCUGGACAUGUGGUCGGUCGGAGUCAUCAUCUACGUCAGUCUCAGUGGGACAUUCCCUUUCAACGAAGAUGAAGACAUCAACGAUCAGAUCCAAAACGCUGCCUUCAUGUACCCUCCUCACCCCUGGAAGAAAAUCUCCCAGGAAGCGAUCGACCUGAUUAACAACCUGCUGCAGGUGAAGAUGAGGAAGAGGUACAGUGUCGACAAGACCCUCAGUCACCCCUGGUUACAGGACUACCAGAUGUGGCUGGACCUGAGGAACCUGGAGUCCCGCAUGAACGAGCGCUACAUCACCCACGAGAGCGACGACCUGCGCUGGCAUCACCAUGCCCAGCUCAGCGGCCUCGACUACCCACCACACUUCAGCAACGGUCCCCGUGGUGACGGCGGUGGGCCGGGCGGGGUGGAGCGUUACAAAGAACAGGAGGAGGAGCUGGAGACCCUCAGCGAGAGGGUCAGCGAACUCUGAUGACGACGGCAGCGACCACACGUGAAGAGGUUUGCUCCUAAAUGAGACGAGAUACAGCAACAGUAAAAAAAACAAAACAACAAAAGCACAAAAUUAGAUACAAGUUGAGAAAACAACAACAACAACAAAAAACAGAACAUCAAAACUAAUAUGGUUCAUUUUAAAGACAGAGGAGGAGAAGAAAAAUUUCUUUUAGAGCCGACAGAGAGGAAGAAUAUUCACUAAAGCAUAAUAUAAAGUUGUAAACCUACCUAUUUUCUAUGAAAGUGCAUUUAAUUUGCAAAAAGAAAAACUACUUUAUCCCAUGAUUAUGACUUUGCAUCUCAUAAUUACUGAAAAAAAUAUCUCCACUUUAGUUUAGCCUCAGAUAGACGCCUUAGGACAUUUCUUAAAUAUGGAAUAAAAACUGUA